GUCAGCCCAGUGACGCAGUUACGUCAUCGUCGGUGUGCGGAAAGAGAGUUUCUGUAGCAGGAGAGAAAACCAAACCGGGUUGUUUUUUAUUAAGGCGAUUCACACAGAGACAUUUUUACCUUCUCCAAUGGCGGUUCCUGUGGGCACGGCAGACCUGCAAAUGGCCGGAGAUGCCCUGAGCGGCCAGACCGUUUCGCCUGAAAACAGCAUUGAUAUCGACGCGGAAGAGUUGGAUAAUAUCACAAAGAAACACCGAGGAGACGAGAGUUCAACGCUUCCAUUGCACUCACCUUGGACAUUUUGGUUGGACAGGUCAUUGCCAGGCACAACGGCCGCAGAAUGUGAGUCCAAUCUGAAGAAGAUCUACACAGUGCAAACUGUUCAGCUGUUCUGGAGCGUAUACAACAACAUCCCUCCAGUCACAGCACUCCCUUUGAGAUGUAGCUAUCACCUAAUGCGUGGAGAACGGAGGCCACUCUGGGAAGAGGAAAGCAAUGCAAAAGGAGGCGUGUGGAAGAUGAAAGUACCGAAAGAAAGCACCUCUGCAGUUUGGAAAGAAUUGUUACUUGCUACGAUUGGGGAGCAGUUUGCAGAUUACUGUGCCUCAGAUGAUGAGGUUGUCGGCGUCAGUGUAAGCGUACGAGACCGGGAAGAUGUAGUACAAGUUUGGAACAGAGAUGCAUCACUUGCCACUGAAGCAAGUAUCUUGGGGAAAAUCCACAAGCUCCUCCCGCACAUAUCUUUUAAAGCCGUUUUUUAUAAAUCUCACAUGGAACAUCAUGCCUUUGAAGGGGGACGCUCAAGACAUUAGAUGAUGCACUUUUUCACUUUUUAUUUGAUUUAUUUUUGUUAUUUUUAUCUGAACUCUGUACCUGCCUUGACUUAAAGGCGCCGUCUACAACAGAAUCCAGGAUGUGAUUUUGCAUCCACCAAGGAAAUGUUACCAGUAUAUUUUUAUAACUUUUGAAUGACUGAUGCCUUGUUUUAUUUCGACCCUUCAGUGAAUGUACGUCCCAGUCUUCAGCCUUGAUUAGUUUACUGUAGUUUUUAAUUGGCUGUGAUGUCAUGGCACUGUUUCCCGUGUGGACCAUGACUUUCACAGUUGUUUUGUCUCCUGAAGGUAGCUGCUGUAUUAUCUUCUGGGUUCAUCAGCAUGAGAUGUUAGAUUCGAUAAACUCUUAUCUGCUUUGUUUUUUCAAUAAAUUACAGCUGGUUAGGUGCCAAAGAAGGUUUGUAUCUUAAAUGCUAAGUGUUUGUGGAGUGAAUGUUUGUCAUGAGCUGUAUGUCAAAUGAACAGGGUAACACUUGAUAAUGAGAUCAGUCCAAUCACACUGGCCCUCAGUUUAAAGCCAUAAGCAGCAGGAAAUGAGGAUGACACAUCGUGAAGGGUAUCUUUUUUUGAAUGUCCAAUCACAACGCAUUUCUUGCAAGCGUUGAAAGUAGACUGACCUCCACUUGCCCAAAUGGAGUCACAGAGAAACGGCACAUUUUCUGGCAUUGCUCUAUACCUGUCUGUACUUGUUUCCACCACCAAUAAAUUCUCCUUUGACUUUG